AUGACAGACAAACAUCCUGACCUCACCAAGGAGGUCUCCCCAGACGGUCCUGUAGGGUUCAGCCAUCAUGCAGAGGACGUUAUGACCGACCGAGAGCCCUAUGGGCCUCCCGGUCUUCGUGGUCUAAUCUCCAACCCGUUUGUCUUCCUCUGUGCGGCAUGUUCGACGCUUGGUGGUCUGGUCUUUGGCUACGAUCAAGGUGUGGUGUCCGUCAUCCUGGUUAUGGACCAAUUCCUGGAACGCUUUCCGGAGGUAUCUCCUAACGCAUCCGGUGCUGGUUUCUGGAAAGGUCUCAUGACGGCCAUGAUUGAGCUGGGGGCUCUCCUUGGUGCACUCAACCAGGGAUGGAUCGCGGACAAGAUCUCGCGACGGUACUCGAUCAUUGUUGCCGUCAUCAUCUUCACGGUUGGGUCUGUGCUGCAGACGGCCGCGGUCGACUAUCCCAUGUUGACUGUGGCUCGAUUUAUUGGAGGGGUGGGGAUCGGUAUGCUGUCGAUGGUUGCUCCGUUGUACAUUUCCGAGAUCAGCCCUCCGGAGUGCCGCGGUACUUUACUGGUGCUGGAAGAGUUUUGCAUUGUCCUUGGCAUCGUCAUCGCAUACUGGAUCACAUACGGCACCCGAUUCAUGGCGGGCGAAUGGUCCUGGAGACUCCCCUUCCUCCUGCAGAUGAUUCCCGGCUUUGUCCUCGCAGGCGGUGUCCUCGCCUUGCCCUUCUCUCCUAGAUGGCUCGCGUCCAAGGGACGAAACGAAGAAGCCCUGCAGAGUCUGUCCAAGCUGCGUCGGCUGCCUCCAUCCGACAAGCGGGUCCGUCAGGAGUACCUCGACAUCCAAGCCGAGGUCCGCUUCCACCAGGAACUGAACGCAGAAAAGCAUCCUACCCUCCAAGGAGGCGGCACCCGGAAAACCUUGCUGCUGGAAAUGGCCUCCUGGGCAGACUGCUUCAAGAAAGGAUGCUGGCGACGAACGCACGUGGGCAUAGGCCUCAUGUUCUUCCAGCAGUUUGUCGGCAUCAAUGCCCUCAUCUACUACUCCCCCACACUCUUCGGGACCAUGGGCCUAGACUACAACAUGCAACUCCUCAUGUCUGGCAUCCUCAACAUAACCCAGCUCGUCGGCGUCAUGACCAGCGUCUGGACAAUGGACAGCCUAGGCCGCCGCGUCCUCCUCCUCUGGGGCGCCCUCUUCAUGACAAUCUCCCACGUCAUCAUCGCCAUCCUCGUCGGCCUCUUCUCCAACAACUGGCCUGCCCACCGCGCCCAAGGCUGGGUCAGCGUCGCCUUCCUCUUCUUCUACAUGAUCAGCUUCGGCGCCUCCUGGGGUCCUGUCCCCUGGGCUCUUCCUUCGGAGAUCUUCCCCUCCUCCCUCCGCGCCAAGGGCGUCGCUCUCUCCACCUGCUCAAACUGGCUAAACAACUUCAUCAUCGGUCUUAUUACCCCGCCCCUGGUCGAAAACACCGGCUACGGCGCUUACGUCUUCUUCGCCGUCUUCUGUCUCCUCGCGCUCGUCUGGACCUUCUUCUUCAUCCCCGAGACCAAGGGCCGCACGCUCGAGCAGAUGGACCACGUCUUCAAGGACAAUUCCAGCGAAGAGGAGAAAGCGCGCCGACAUGCUAUCGAGGCGGAGCUGUUGCGCGCGGAGUAUGAGUAUCGGAAUGCGGAUGCUGUGGCUUGA